CCUGACAGCAGUGCAGGAGAGUGCCAUCCGUGAAGCCUGGCAGGGAGGUCUAAAAAGUAUAAAUAAAGAAAAUAUGGAAAGAAUACAAAUUCUAGCAGAGAAUCUACAUUUGGAUAAAUCAGUUGUAAGGAAUAUAAUAAACAAUCUGAAUGCCAAGUCUGCAGGGAGGACCUAACAUAAGGUUCCUGGUCGCAUGAAUGGAUACACUCUCUUUUUAAAGAAAGAGAAGGCAUCCCCAGGAACGAUGGCUUUCAAGGAAGCAGUCAAGGUAUGGAAAGAUAUGACACAAGCUGACAAGGUUGCCUUUAACAAUGAGGCAAAAGAAGAAGAAGAAGCAAAAAAGAGCUCCUACAAUGAGUCUCAAAGGAAAAAAGUAUUCCGUAAUGCUAUGAAAAUCAUCAGAAAACAAUGUGAUUUAAUACAACAGUUUGGAGGUGAAAUCGGGGUUUUUUCCAUAUUUGGAAACAAUUUCACAUCAUUUGGCACAAGCAAUGGGACGCUGGGCAUUGAGCCACUAAAAGAUGCAUUUUCCCUCAACAUUAUAAAAGGGGAACAUCCAGCUCCAAACU